AUGGCUGGUUAUGGACCAAUGGCAAGAAUGAGAGAUAUGGGUCUAGUUGAAUGUGAGUUGGAUAUAAGUCCAUGCAGGUUAGGGGCAGUGGUAGCAAGAAAUGAGCUGAACAAGAUGGGCAAGCAGAAAUCACUUGCAGACAAAUUCGAGUAUGUCAUGCAUGGGCUAUUAUAUAAGAUCUCAGAAAACACCGAAGGACCUGAUGUUAAAGUGGUGGUGUAUAUUUCUUUUGGAGGACUUCAACUGAUGCUGAAGGGCAACCCUGCCAAGAUGGGUAAAUUUAAGGUUGACGAAAGGAACAUCGUCCACUCCCUCAAACUGGUUGAGUCGCAACUUGAUCCCCAUCUCAGCCAAUUGGCGGCUGUUCCAGUGUAG